AUGAACCGAUCCCGCGUAUUUCUUCGCUUGUUUUCCAACUUUCAACGUCAGCAAUAUUCAAGUGGAAAAGCACAGUUCAAGUCUAAAGAUGGAAAUUAUAUGAAAUUCGCAUUUAUUGGAACCGCAGCAGCGAGCACAAUUGGCCUUUUAGGAGCUAGAAUUAUUAAAGCAGAUUUUUCGGGAGAUGAAUUGAAGGUCAAAGAUUUGGAGAAGCUGCCGCUGUAUAGUUUAGAUGAGGUUAAAAAGCAUGGAAAGAGCGCCGAGAGGAUUUGGGUUACAUAUAAAGAUGGAGUCUACGAUGUGACUGAUUUUGUUUCAAUGCAUCCGGGAGGAAAUAAGAUUCUCCUCGCCGCUGGUGCUUCAGUCGAUCCAUAUUGGGCCCUUUAUUCGCAACACAAAACUGCCGAAGUUCUCGAAAUUCUCGAACAAUACCGAAUCGGGCGAUUAGAUGCGAAAGAUGUUCCUAAAGUAGAAGUGGAUGCUUUCUCCAACGACCCUGUCCGUCAUCCAGCGCUUCUUGUUCGAAAUGCAAAACCCUUCAAUGCUGAAUCCCCUCCUUCGUUGCUCACUGAUCAUUUUUAUACACCAAAUGAUUUGUUCUUUGUGCGAAAUCAUCUUCCUGUCCCAGUUAUUGAUGUGGAGAAGCAUGAGCUUGAAGUUGAAGCGUUCGAUGGCAAAAUCGUCAAGCUAAACAUGGAAGAGAUCAGGAAAAAGUAUAAGGCGUACACAAUUGGUUCAGUGGUUCAAUGCGCUGGAAAUCGAAGGGCUGAUAUGAAUUCGUUCAAGAAAGUGCAAGGUUUAAUGUGGGAAGGUACUGCAAUUAGUAAUGCUGAAUGGACUGGACCUCGGUUGAGGGAUAUCCUCAUCGAUGCUGGAAUCGAUAUUAAUGAUCCAAAAUUGAAGCACGUACAUUUUGAAGGAGCCGAUGUCGACCCUACUGGAACUCCAUACGGUGCUUCGAUUCCGUUUGAAAAAGCAAUCCGCGAUGAAGUGAUUGUGGCGUAUAAGAUGAAUGGCGAGGAUAUUCCACGUGAUCACGGAGCGCCAUUGCGUGUUGUUGUGCCAGGCAAUGUUGGAGCUCGCCAAGUGAAAUGGCUCAAAAAGGUUAUUGUGAGCGAUGUGGAAAGCAGCAGUCAUUGGCAGCAGAAAGAUUAUAGGGCAUUUUCGCCGGCAGUUCAACUAGGAGACGAAUUGAAGUGGGAUAGAGUUCCGUCUAUUCAAGAAUACCCAGUACAAUGCGCAAUUUGCGUCCCUGAACCGAACACUAAAGUUGACAGAGAUGAUGGAACUGUGUCGGUGAGCGGCUAUGCUUGGAGUGGUGGAGGUCGUGGAAUCAUCCGAAUCGAAAUCAGUGUUGACGGCGGACAAUCGUGGAAAAGUGUUGAAAUGGAGCAGGAAAAGAAUCAGGAUUUGGAGCACAUGUAUGCUUGGACUUUGUUCCACACUGAAGUUGAAAUUCCAAAAGACGUCGAGAAGUUUGAAAUUAUUGUUAAAGCGGUUGACAGAGCGUAUAAUACACAACCUGAAACGGCCGCUGGAAUCUGGAAUGUUCGUGGAUUGAUUCACAAUGCUUGGCACAAGGUUCCAAUAAUUGUAAAUUGA